AGGAUGGGCAGAGAUGGACGCAACAGGAAACAGGAACAAAACAAGGCAGAGCUGGGCAUCUCGUGGAGUGAACAGAGGCUGGUAUCUACCUACGGCCACUUCCGGUUGGCCCUCUUAGAGACCUUUGCCCCACCACACCCCAACCCUGACAGCCUGUCUCAGGCAAGACAAGUUUGCUGUCAGCUCUGAGCCACUAGGCCCCACCAGGAGCUCCAAGCCCAGCUGGGUCCCCUUGGAGUAGCUGCUUCAGAAUAGGUAGGGAAAAAACCCAAGCUUCAGCAAUCAAGGGAGCCAUGGAGGACAGAGCUGGUCAGCAAGAGCAAACCAGACCCAGCCCUCGUCUGGAAAAGCUACAGCACUGGGCAAGGCAAAGGCAGAGUGGGAACCUGUUGGUGCUGGCGGUGAGCCAACUAUGGCUGGCAGUGGCUGUGGUGCCCUUGGCUGUCUCAGUUGCCUGCCUGAACUCUGCUUGUCACAUGGCCACAGCACUGCCGCUUGGACCUGGAGCACUGGGUCUCCUCACUGGGAUUGUUACCCUUGAGCUGCGCAGAGCACCCCGCCUUUGGAAGGUGCAGGCCAUGAUGAUACUCAACACCAUCGAUCUGAUCUUGGGCUUCAUCGUGGUGGUGGUUGAGGUGAUGAAGACAGCCUUGGGGUCUGCAGCGACUGCUUCCUCCCAGGUACCGCUGGACGGCUUGUUGGUGCUGGAGCUCAGUGCUGAGGCUUUCACCCUAGGAGGAGUGCUGGUCUCAGCAUAUUCCCUACUCCUGCUAAGCCAGAGGAAGCCAGGAUGCUGCAGGAGACAGAGUCUGCACUACCGGGAGCUGCAGCAGGGUCUCUCUGAGUUGGAGGAAGUUACUGAUUUGGAGAAUGGUCCCGCGGUGGCUAGCACAGCAAACCGAACAACUGCAUGAGAUGGCAAGGCAAGCGGGCAAGUGCUGCUCUCCUACCCUGUGGGAGCGUUCUCCAGACCUUACUGCACCCCACCAAACUCAGAAAAGAGAUGGAGGCCCUGGAGACCUACGUGCAAUCCAGUGGGGAUGCCUUCAAUUUCCACUCAGACUAGGACCCUUUCUCGUCUAGGGGAAGCUAUACGUCGACCAGAUUCUCCCCUCACCUCAUUGCCCUGAAAAGCUGCCCCCCUACAGGCCAUCCUUAGGCUAACUUUCAGCUUUCCCCCUCCCUUCCAUCCUUACCCACCCCCAUCCCAUAUAGUUUCAUAUCUUCCUCUUCUCACUAUGUCUCUUCUUUCCACCUUUCAUAAUCCCAUCCCACUCCAAAGCCCAGGUUCGCAUACGCGGCGACUCUCUGAGAUCAAUCCACGGGUGGUUUUAGUUCUCCCCCUCCGACUGGUUCCGUACUCCGGCGGAGACUACAAGUCCCAUGAUGCCCCGCACCCCCCGCGGCCUGCUGGGAAAUAAAAAGCCUUUUCUCCGCGGUGA